GCUGGCUACUCUCUCUGCUUUCUUCACCUCCCUCUUCUCUUGAUUCCCACAUAUAUACCUCCCUCCCUCCAUUCUCCAUCAUUUCCCCCCACAAGAACAUCUACGAGAUGGACGCCAAGAAGCCUUACGUAGUAGCAAUCAUCAUACAACUCAUCUACACCGGCAUGUUCGUCAUCCUCAAGGCGGCCUUCAACCAGGGGUUUAACACCUUCGUCUUCACCUUCUACUGCCAGGCAGCUGCAACAGUCUUGCUGCUGCCUAUUGCGAUUCUUCGUGAAAGGAAAAGCUGGUGCUCUAUGUCUUCUGGUUUGCUCUUGAAGCUUUUCAUAUGCGCCUUGAUCGGAAACACAUGCGCCAUAAAUCUCUUGAAUUUAGCACUGAGGUUCACAUCAGCGACUGUGCAAUCGGCAAUUAGCAAUUCCAAACCUGUCACCAUUUUCUGCUUAGCCUUGCUGUUAAGGAUGGAGGUGGUAAACAUGAAAAGCGCAUACGGAAUAGCCAAGGUAACCGGUGUAGCGCUCUGCCUCGCAGGAGUUCUCCUCAUCGCCUUCUUCGCUGGGCCGGCAUUGAGCCCUAUCAACCAUCACCAUGCCUUCCACAGUGGUCAAACUCCCUCAGCUCCUCCAGGGCGGUUGACGUGGAUCAAAGGGACAUUCCUCAAGAUCCUUGGUGACAUGAUAUGGUCUCUGUGGAUCACCUUGCAGGCUGCCCUGUUGAAGGAGUACCCGAACAAGAUGCUUGUGACUGUAACACAAUCCGUUUUCAGCACAGUGCAGUUGUUCGUCGUGGCAACCGUGGCUGAGAGGGACAUCUCAAGGUGGAAGCUUGGGCUAGACUUCCGCUUGCUCGCCGUUUUAUACACGGGAUUUGUAGUUGCUGGGGUAUGCAGCUACCUCCAAGUAUGGUGCAUGGAGAUGAAAGGCCCGGUCUUUCUCGCUAUGUGGUUUCCCCUCUGCUCCGUCUUGACAAUAUUCUGCUCCUCAUUCUUCCUAGGGGAAAUUGUUCAACUUGGAAGCAUUUUGGGCGCAAUCCUUCUUAUUGGAGGACUUUACAGUGUGCUGUGGGCUAAAAGCAAGGAGACUAUGAUCGAACCAUGUAGCGAGGUGAACCCGGUGGAAAGCGCAAAAGACGACAAAGAGCAGAAUAAACCUGAGGUACACCAGGAGGAUGGUAGGGGAAAGAAAGAGGAAGAAACAUCAGCAUAUACGGUUGAACGAGUGUAUCCAUUGGUGUGAUCAAGGAUAUAUUAGCUUGUGCUCAUGAGAAUUAGACCAGACAUGGAUCAACGCAUGUGCCAGUCAGAGACUCUCGGAAUGUUACUGAUUUAGCAAAGACUUGUUGUGAUGCUAGCUAGCUAACUGAUCAGAAGGCUUACAUUUCUUUGUUGCACUCCCAGUCUUUAUGUGUACGCAUGGGCCUCAAGAAAACUAUACCUUUUGCUUCAGUGUCCAACAUGAGCUGGUGUUUGUUUUUUCUU